CAUGUUGGCUAAGGUUUUCGUGUUGUGCGUGGCGGUGGUAAGCGCGGCAGCAAGCCGUUUACCUGAUGCCGAAGAGUUGGAGCUGCUUAUAAAAUCGAGUGAUAUUGGUUCUAGACUAUCUGAUAACAUCCUCGAAGAUGCUCGUCUGGAUGUGCCCGGACUGAUUAAAAAGUAUGGGUAUCCCUUGGAAAUCCAUACACUAACGACUAGUGAUGGUUAUAUCCUAAAUAUGCACCGAAUUCCACACGGUCGGGAUCAGAAUACCGACCCUAAUGUUAAGAGGCCGGUUGUUUUCUUGAUGCAUGGGCUACUUUCAUCUUCGGCUGAUUGGGUAUUGAUGGGACCUGGAACUGCAUUUGGUUAUCUCUUGGCCGAAGCCGGCUACGAUGUCUGGAUGGGCAACGCUCGCGGGAACACGUAUUCGCGCGAGCACAUCAGUCUUCGUCCUGACGCCAUCUUCAACACUGAUUACUGGGAAUUCUCUUGGGAUGAGAUCGGAAACAUUGACUGCCCUGCGAUGAUCGACUACAUACUAGCACACACUGGCAACGACAGACUUCACUACAUUGGUCACUCCCAAGGAACUACCACUUUCUUCGUCAUGGGCUCACUUCGACCUGAUUACAACGCGAAGAUAAUUUCCAUGCACGCUUUAGCUCCUUCUGCGUAUUUUGCCAACAGCCAAAACCUCUUAUUGAGAGCUAUUGCUCAAUUUACCAAUCCACUAGACAGUCUGGCUCGUAUUAUUGGUUUGGGUGAAUUCAUGCCCAACAAUCUCAUCAUGGCAUGGGCUGGCCAGGCCCUGUGUAUGGAUGAAGUGAUUUUCCAACCGAUAUGCUCCAACAUUCUGUUCCUUCUGGGUGGAUGGAACGAGGCACAGCAUAAUGCGACAAUGCUUCCAGUGAAGCUAGCCCACACUCCAGCGGGAGCUUCUACUAGGCAAUUAGUACAUUACGGCCAAAGUGUGAAAGACAAGACGUUCAAGCGUUUCGACCACGGAGCAUUAAGAAAUAGGAGAAUUUACGGCACCUACAGAGCACCUGCGUACAAUCUUGGAAGCAUAACAGCUCCGGUCUUUAUUCACUACUCUGCCUCGGACCCGUUGGCAAAUAUUAACGACGUACUAAGGCUAUUUAGUGAACUUGGCAGACCAGUAGGUAUUUUCCGAAUUCCCGAUCCCAACUUCAGCCAUCUUGACUUUAUUUGGGGAAAAGAUGCCAAAACUCACGUAUAUGACCGGGUUAUAAAUCUGCUCCAAUCUAUGGAUAUACAUGGUUAAACACAGGUUUU